AUGAUGGCCCUAAAGCUGUGUUGUCUUAUUUUUGCCGUAAAUUCAGUUUUGUCAAACGAGAUCGAUGUUCAAGUGCGGAUUCUUGCACCCAACGGGCCUCUAAUGGACGUGUCAAUAUGCGAAACACUGAAAGUUCGCGCUCCACAAUUUUGGGAAGGUGGACUGUUCACCCAAUGCUCAUUUGACUAUCUGUACAGGCACGACAAGGAUGAUUUACAGGUUGAGAUCAUGUACGAAGUGAAAACUAACAUCAGCAAAUUCCCAGAAGAGUUCCAAGCCGACUUGCCGUAUGACUUCCAAAUGUGGUUCCUCAAUCGUCUGCUCAACGGCGGUGAGACGCGCUGCCUGACUGCUACUGGAGAAGCACAGGAUUCUGAUGCAUACGAGGUGGAAGGAUACAUUGCCGAUUAUACUGCGCGUGAAAAGUUCAUUCUGGUUGCACCAUUUGCCGAGGACUUUUGCCUAAAGUUCAUCAAUAAGAAGUUCAACCAAGAUCAACUCGAGGUAUCAAACUGCACGCUGCUGGAGAAGAGCACAAUACCCGUCGAUGGUCACAUACUGGGCAAAUAUGCACUGUCAACAACGGAAAGACAGCUCAACUUUGUACCUUUCCAAUAUCACGAUAUCUAUAUUUUCUUCUUAAAAGAACUGAACGGAGAUGAAGGCGAAUGCAAUUACAAUGGCUACUGGGCAAAUGUGAAAUUUGUAGAAAACAAAAAUACAAUGCCCGACGAUGACGAUGGUCUUUACUAGAGGAUGGAAAUUCCAAGAUCUGUGUCUGUUUUCAAUACUGUUUUCAAUACUUCUGUGUGUGCAUGAUACUACAAGUUGCUGUGUCUUCUUCGCAUUCUCCUCAGCAAAUAUAUACAUUAUACAAAUUUUCUUUUCAUUGUAUGUGCAGCCUAUGAUAAUUC